UCCGCUCACUUUAAUCGCGUGGCAGCGCGCCCGACAUGAGCGUGAUGUGCUGCGUGCGUCGCGUCGGCGCUGCGCACUCACUGAGCCGAGGAACUGUCAAGUGAUACACUCGGGAUCAUAUUCAGGAUCACAUUACUCAGAAUGAGCUGUUAAGGCCAUCAACCUUCAGCUGUUAUUGGAGGAUUUUGAAGGAUCAGCUUUAAUGGUGCAUCUGUGAGUGCAGUUUCCUCCUGUCUGUUUCUGUGUCAGAGCACAUGGCUGCGGAGGAGAACGAGUGUCCCGGCUUGACCCGGCAGAACUCAGAGCUCAUGAGGUCAUGGGAGCUGGAAGCCACUCUGACCAAUCGCACGCUGCGCUUCGUGCUGCGCUUAGAGCAGCAGUUCAUUUGCCCGUCCUGCGGCGGGAUCGUCCUGAACCCUCACCAGACGGGCUGCGGGCACAUCUUCUGCGCCCGGUGCGUCAGGGCCUACAUUGAAAAUGGAGGAAGUUCGAAAUGUCCUUUAGACAGCAUCCCUAUUAAAUCAGAAGAGAUUUUUCAAGACAACUGCUGUAAAAGAGAACUGCUAAACUUAGAGGUGUACUGCACCAACGCCCCAGACUGCACACAGAGGGUUACUUUAUGCAACCUUCAGGAUCAUCUCAAAGCUUGCCAGUAUGAGCCACUGAGAUGCACCAACUCAGGGUGCAGUGACACUGUGUUACGCAGGAACCUGCUGGAGCACCAGAGGAACGUGUGCUCCUUCCGCCUGGAGUCCUGCCCUCACUGCAGACAGCCGUUCCUCACGUCUCAGCUGCAGGCCCAUCAGAAGACCUCAUGCCCUGAAAUCCAAGUCCCAUGUGCAAACAAGUGUCCUCAGAUGAUCAGAAGACACCAGCUGCAAGCUCAUGCUGAUGAGUGUCUUGAAGUGGAGACUGACUGCAUUUAUAAAAACUAUGGCUGCACAUUCAGAGAUAAAAGAGGGAAAGUGCAAGUUCAUGAAAACACAGAGUUCAGUUCCCAUGUGCGGCUUGUUCUGGAAAGUAACACCAAACUUGAGAAACAGGUGGAGCAGCUGCAGCAGGAUAUGUUAGUCCAGCAGGGCGCACUUAAGGACAAAAGUCUUGUGGUCAGCAAUCUGGACAGGGAUAUCACCUUGUGUGACAGUACACUUACUACCUUACAGAGGUCUGUAGAGGAGCAGCGGGUGCGGAUCUGCAGCGUUCAGCGUGAACUGAGGGAUCUGCGGGGCGUUCUGGGCUCUGAACUGAAUGAAGAGCUCCCAAACCUCCGGGCAUCGCUGGACUCCCUCAGACAGCAGGUGGCCGUCACCGAAAGCCUCAGGGAACACCUCGGUGCUUUAGAGCAGACGUGUCAGCGUCAUACUCGUUUGUUAGACAUCCAUGUGGAGCAGCUGCAGUGUAACGAGCAGCGCUUCCGCCAGCUGGAAUCCACUUCCUACGACGGGAAGCUCAUCUGGAAAGUGCGUGACUACUGCCACCGGAAAGAAGCCGGCACCCCCCUCAACUCGACCCCCUUCUACACCAGUCGUAGCGGCUACAAGCUCAGUGUGCGGGCUUACCUCGGCGGGGACAACUCAGGGAGAGGCACACACCUGUCGCUCUACGUCACCAUAAUGCGCGGAGACUUCGACUCACUCCUACCGUGGCCGUUCAGACAGAACAUAACCUUAACACUGCUGGACCAAAGCGGCUCCAAGAACCACAUGAGCAAUACUUUCACCCCCGAUACCAGCAGUGAUAGCUUUCAUCGGCCAACAUCUGAUGCUAAUGUGGCCACAGGUUUCCCAAGAUUCAUAUCCCACGGCGAUCUGGAGGCCCCUCGAAAUGCCGUUUAUGUGAGAGACGACACGCUGUUCAUCAAAGUAAAGGUGGACACAACUGGAUUAGAGGACUUGUAGCUCUACUAGCAAUAAUUUUGACUUUGAAGAAACCGUGUGCAGGAUUCACUGGACUGUCAUAUGAAGGCGUUUGUUGUAGUAGCACUGAUUAUUAUGUUUACAUGCACAGUUUUUCAUUCAUGAAUGAGUUCAGACCAAGUGGCAACCUUCCAGUCUGUCUCAUGAAGCCUAACACAGAAGUGACUAAAACUGUAAUUCAUCGACUGGCCACUAGGCUCCAAAAGAGAGUCAGUCCCAUAGACUCCCCAUGUUAAAAUGACCAACUUUACAGCAGGAAAAAUAUGUUCUAAA